UGUCUGUCACCGUAAAGCAGGAAGCACUGUAGUAAUGUGUAGGAGUUAACCUGUCCCGCUGCUGUUUACCUACAGAGUCGUCAUUCCGAUGCCAGGUGAAGUGAAACGGCAGGAGAAGCUACAUGGAGGCUAACUAACCCCGGACCAAUCGGUGCUCGGCGUACAGAGGAACUGCGGUACAUUAGCACUAGAAUGCCAGCCGGAGUGUGUGGCUGCUGUGGGCCGCUGAGGCCGAGGUACAAACGCCUGGUGGACAACAUCUUCCCUGAGGACCCCAAAGAUGGACUCAGUAAAUCUGACAUGGAGAAGCUGACCUUCUAUGCUGUGUCAGCUCCAGAGAAGCUGGACAGGAUUGGAGCGUACCUGGCCGAGAGGCUGAGCAGAGAUGUCGUGCGACACCGCUAUGGGUACGUGGUGAUAGCCAUGGAGGCUCUGGACCAGCUGCUGAUGGCCUGUCACUCUCAGAGCAUCAAACCCUUCGUGGAGAGUUUCCUGCACAUGGUCGCCAAGCUGCUGGAGUCCAGAGAGCCGGACCUGCAGGUCCUUGGAACCAACUCGUUUGUGAAGUUUGCCAACAUCGAGGAGGACACGCCGUCCUAUCAUCGCCGCUACGACUUCUUUGUGUCUCAGUUCAGCGCCAUGUGCCACUCAACUCAUGAAGAUGCUGAGACCAGGACAAGGAUCCGUGUGGCGGGGAUUAAAGGCCUGCAGGGCGUGGUGAGGAAAACGGUGAACGACGAGCUGCAGGCCAUCAUCUGGGAGCCUCAGCACAUGGACAAACUGAUCCCAUCCAUGCUGUUCAACAUGCAGGACAGUGAAGACCUGGACAGGGCGGGGCACCCCAGCACACCGUCGGGGGCGGGUCAGGAUGGCGAGGAAAACCCGGCGGCGCUGGCUGAGAGCUGCUUCAGAGAGCUGCUGGGCAGGGCGGCCUACGGCAACAUGAACAACGCCGUGCGACCCGUCUUAGUUCACCUGGAUAAUCACCACCUUUGGGACCCCAAUGAGUUUGCUGUUUCCUGCUUCAGAAUCAUCAUGUACUCCAUCCAGGCUCAGCACUCCCACCACGUCAUCCAGCAGGUUCUGAACCACCUGGACACUCACAACAAGACCACGCCGCGGGUCAGGGCCGGCAUCGUCCAGGUCCUCCUGGAGACGGUGGCCAUCGCUGCCAAAGGCUCAGUGGGUCCCACAGUGCUGGAGGUGUUCAACACUCUGCUCAAACACCUGCGGAUGAGCGUGGACUUCGAGCUGGGCGAGAGCUCAAGGAGAAACUCCAGUGCCAGCGCUUCCUCUGUCCGUGGCAAAGAAAGUGAAGAGCGGAUCGUCCAGAACGCCAUCAUCCAGACCAUCGGCUUCUUCGGUGGAAACCUGCCAGACUACCAGCGAGCUGAGGUCAUGAUGUUCAUCAUGGGCAAAGUGCCAGUGUACGGGACCCCCUGCCACACCUUGGACACCGUCAAGAUUGGGCAUCAGGGAACCAAGAGGAUCCAGACCAUGCUGCUCAGCUCCCUCAUCAUGGUAACCUCCGGCUUCAAGUCUAAGUCCAUGGCAGCUGCGUUGCCUCCUCCUUUCCUGGACCCGCUCUUCUCCAUCUCCCUGAUGGAGGACAGCGAGCUGAGGCAGCUGGUGCUCGAGAUCCUGCACAACAUCAUUGAUCGCCAUGACAACCGCGCCAAGCUACGCGGCAUCAGAAUCAUUCCCAACGUCGCAGCACUGAAGAUUAAAAGAGAGAAGAUUUCCAAACAAGACGUCGCAUUCAUGAAGAAGCACGGCCAGCAGCUCUACCGCCACAUCUACCUGGGCUGUAAGGAAGAGGAUAACGUCCAUAAAAACUUUGAGCUGCUCUUCACCACCCUGGCCAUUCUGACCAUUGAGCUGGCCAACGAGGAGGUGGUCAUCGACCUCAUCCGGCUCUCUGUCGCUCUGCAGGACAUGGUUCUGGCCAAUGAGGAGAACAUGCCGAUGAUUAUUCGCUGUGGCGUCAAUGCGCUGGUGGCGGCGUACCUCAACUUCCUGAGCCAGAUGAUCGCCAAUCCCCCGUUCUGUCAGCACGUCAGCAAGGUUAUCGAGCUGAGGAACAUGGACGCUCCAUACCUCCUCCCAGAGCACAUCUUCAGAGACAAGUGUCCACUCCCUGAAUCUCUGGACAAGGAGGACAGACUGCUAUACUUCCAGACCUCCGACAUGGCCGAGUGUCUGGCAGGACCGGGAUACAACGCAGACAGACUCUCCAUCCCCUACAUCCCCCAAGUCACAGAUGAAGACCGUCUGACCAGGAGGAAGAGCUUCGUGGACACAGUCUCCAUCGGGAUGGAUAUCGUGUCCAACAGCCUUCCAGACAAGUCUCAGCUGGCUGAGGAGAUCACAUUCGAGACCCUGAAGAAGGCUAUAGACACCACCGGUCUGGAGGAGCAGGAGCGGGAGAAGAGGCGUCAGGUGAUGGAGAAGUUCCAGAAAGCUCCGUUUGAGGAGAUCGCCGCUCACUGCGAGUCCAAGGCGAACAUGUUGCACGACCGGCUGGCACAAAUCUUCGAACUUACAAUUCGGCCUCCACCCAGCCCGUCCGGAGUGGUUUCCAUCUCAGCGGGACACACCCAGCACCAGUCGGUACCUGUCUACGAGAUGAAGUUUCCAGACCUGUGUGUCUACUGAACAUAAACAUCGCCCACACACACACACACACACACACACACACAC